AUUUUGGUUUUGUCCUAAAGCUGCCCGCUGGCCGACGAUGCAACACAUGAGCUGGUAACACGUUGGGUGCAAAUUAUUUGGUAAAUCUGAUGUCUAGUUAUAGUCUUCGCACUCCCAGUCAGCAGAAAAACUAUCGUCAAAUGGCACAAAUGGUGGACGCGAUCGUGACACAGAGGGUUGCGAGGUUGCGUGAUCGUUGCAAACCUCCCAUCGCUGAAGAUAUAUAUGAUGAAAUUGUAGCGUUAAUGGAAGAGAAGUUGGAUAGUGGUAAAGUUGCGAGUCUUCUGACAGUGACAGAAAAAGCCAGAAAGUACUGGAGGACACAUGGGAGAGAAUUUGUGGACCUGGUGGACCUUCACGAGCAACUGGGACGACCGUCAAAGGGAAUUCUGCUCAGUAAUGGCAGGGCACUGCUAUCGGAGUCACUGGCAGAAGAAAUCAUUCUCAAGUAUGUGUAUGAACACGGCAGGGAUUCUCCGCAGACCAUACAGAAGGACAUGCAGUCAGUGUUCGAGCUGCCCUUACCAUUGAUCCAACACGUUGUCAAACGAAGCUUCAACGUCAAAGUGGGAAAGGACCGAAAAUACAUACGGCAAAAGUUCGAAGAACGAAUGAACCAAGUUUGCAACCAGGCAGUGGCCGAAACUAGCGCUCAGAAGGUGAAGUUGCUGCAAGUGGGACAAGAAGUGGCCACCAACGAGGCGUCCGAAAUGCCCGUGCUACUCAUUAAACCGACGCCCAAGAGGAAAGCAAAGCCCAAAAGCUUGGAGCAGAAGUUGAAGGAUCAAGAACAGCCCUCGAGUCAAAAGGGACCACAAAUUGUUUCUUGGCAGGAGCACCCAAGGAACCUGAUUCCAGAGUUGUGCAAGCUUUUCUAUAAUAUCGGCUGGGUGACGGGCACUGGAGGUGGAGUCAGUAUCAGGCAUGGGCAGGAGAUCUACAUUGCCCCCUCUGGAGUCCAGAAAGAACGCAUCCAACCGGAAGACCUGUUUGUACAAGACCUGGAUGAGCGGUUCUUGAGUGGUCCACCGCCCCACAAGAAGCUGAAGAAAAGCGAGUGUACACCUCUCUUUAUGAAUGCCUACACUCUACGAGGAGCAGGUGCAGUCAUCCACACUCACUCCAAGGCAGCAGUCCUUGCCACUCUCCUUUACCCAGGCCCUGAAUUCUGCAUCACGCACCAGGAAAUGAUUAAGGGCAUCAAGAAGGGUCGCACUGGAGUGAGCUAUCGCUAUGAUGAAGAAUUGGUGGUGCCCAUCAUAGAAAAUGUGCCUUUUGAAAGAGAUCUCAAGGAGAGCAUGAAGGAAGCCAUGGAGCAGUACCCAGAUACGUGUGCUGUACUAGUGCGGAGACACGGUGUCUAUGUAUGGGGUGACACCUGGGAACGAGCUAAGACCACGUGCGAGUGCUACGACUACCUGUUUGACAUAGCAGUUCAAAUGAAACAGCUGGGUCUGGACCCCACAGUGCCAGGUUCAGUACCACUAGUAGCGCAAGAAGAACAGCGACCUGACCAGCCCGAGACGAUUCCUGUUGGGAAUGUCCCACCAGAACCCCCACUGGUGGUGACAACAGAUGAACAGCCCACGACGCUGGCAGAGGCUGUACAGGUUGCAACAGGUGCAGAAGAUGCUGCUGUUCCCACACUAUCUGCCAUCAACGGCAACAUCGUCGAGAUGCCAGACCCAUCGUUUCCUGUGACACUUAACAAGGGUUCAUGUGUUACUGAAGGACAGACGACAUACGUCGUCUACAUGUGAUCGCUCAACAUCUCUGUGGGUCCUGUGCAGAAGCACUACAUUGGUUCCACCAGUUUGUGCAAGACUGAAGCCCAAUAGGUUAUUGCCACUUGUUGUUUCUAACCUGUUUGUUAUGAUCAUUGACUGGAAAUACAUGCAAAACAAGAGAAUUUUA